UGAUUCCGCCCCGGGACCCACUCGGUCAGCAGGUGCCGCUCUAUCACCUACGGCACCCAGCAAAUCAAAUCAACCAGAAUGGAGGCCGAUGUUUCCGAUUAGCGUCACUUCGAAAAGCAAACUCGCAUUUCCGAUACGUGACUGAACAACACCCCUCCUCGAUACACCUCCCUUUCCCGUGACCCUGCCAGCAAAGCUAACCUUUGCCCAGAUGUAAUUAACUGCAGACACGCUGGAGAUUUAGUCUUCUGUAUCAAUAGUCCGGUGACAUUGUAGAAGCCGACUCGUUUCGAACGUACAUAAAUCGUUGUAGGAGGAAUGCUUUUUGGAGAUCAACAAAAGGGAAAAGAAUGGACGUGGAUGCUUCAUCUGCAGACAUUAGGAAAGCUUAUCGGAAAAUGUCUUUGAUCUUGCACCCCGACAAGAACAAAGAAGAAAAUGCGGAAAUUCAAUUUAGACAGUUAGUGGCUAUCUAUGAAGUUCUGAAAGAUGAAGAGAAAAGACAAAGGUAUAAUGAGAUUUUAGAGAAAGGAUUGCCAGAUUGGCGACAACCUGUUUUCUACUAUCGGAGAGUAAGGAAGAUGAGUAAUGUGGAACUUUCAUUGCUGCUUUUCAUUAUUCUGACUGUCGGCCAUUAUGCUGUGGUUUGGUCAAUUUACUUUGAGAAACAAUUGGAUGACCUUCUUAGCAAAAAGAAGAGGGAGAAAAAGAAAAAAACAGGCAGUAAAACAGCAGAUGAAGGGAAAGCUGGUGUUCCUGAUAAAAAUGAUAGAUCUAUCGAGAAGCCUCAUUGGCAGGACCUGUUGCCUUGCAAGAUAGGAAUCUGCUUUUAUUUUGUACUGAAGUCAUUACCGCAGUGCUGUCAGGCUAUUAAAGAUUUUUAUCUGGAAUGGAAAGCACUGAAAGUAAAGGAACAAGAAGAAGCAGAGACCCAAGCUCAGUUUGAAGCUAUGCAGAAAGAAAAAAGGCCAAAAGUAAAGAAACCAAAAUCUGAGUUCCCAGUGUAUACAGCCACUAAUUCUGGAGGUAUUGCCUAUGUACCAUUACAUGAAGAAGCUUCUACUAUUGAGGAGAUUGAGGAGCAAAUGGCUGACUGGCUGGAUAGCAGACCCAAAACGCAGAAAAAGGCACCUCAGUGGACAGAAGAGGACCUCAGCCAGCUGACAAGAAGUAUGGUUAAGUUCCCAGGGGGUACUCCAGGUCGAUGGGAAAAGAUUGCUCACGAAUUGGGUCGAUCAGUGGCAGAUGUUACAACAAAAGCUAAGCAAGUCAAGGAUUUUGUUUCAACCACACCAGGAACAGUGAAACUAUUUGAACUGAAGUCUGCAUCUCUGAAUUUAAAGAGUACUAAACGUGAAACAACUUUACCUGACCAUAUAAUAACUAAAAGGGAUGAGGAGACUGAAGAAGAACACAGUGAAAGGCUUGAAAAUGAGGAUGAUCCAAGUAACUACGCUGACAGACUGACCACAGAAACCAAGCCUCGGAAACGGAAAAAUACUAAAAUACCUGAGCAAACUUAUGUGAUCCAAGAAGAAAUUGAACAGAAACAUAAAGGAAAGCGCCAGAGAGACUUUGACAAUAUAGAUUUGGAAGAUGAUGAGAGUGAUGAAGAGAAGAAAAGAAAAGGGCGAGCUCGAUCUUCAGAAGAUGCUACUGAAAUGUGGAAUCAAAAUCAACAAAAAUUGCUUGAACUAGCCUUACAGCAGUAUCCAAAGGGGACUUCUGAACGCUGGGAGAAAAUAGCGAAAUGUGUUCCAGGAAAAACAAAGGAAGAAUGCAUAAUCAGAUACAAACUGUUGGCUGAACUUGUUAUGAAGAGAAAACAAGCAAAAAGCUGACUGAAACGAACACUGGUGUCUCUCCAGAAGCAGUAAUUUGCUAUGGACAAAACGUCUUAUGUAAACCUGGACCCUGGUUGUAUAUGAAUGGCUCACAUUUUGUUUAUGCUAAUGUCAUGUGCCUUAGUUUUAAAAAGAAUCAAUGUGCCACCAUAUCGUACAGAAUAUUUGGAACAUACUUGUAAAUGUAUACAAUGCAUGUAUACAUGGAUAGUUUUAAAUUUUCUCAAAGUAAUUUUCUAUGCUCCGCCUUGUCAUUUCCUUAUAUCAGCAAUAAGUUUGCAUUCUUUCCUUUACAGAUUGUCGAUCGUCUGAUUUCUCAUGUUUUAAUUGAUUACUUUUUAUGUAGUAAAGCAAACCAAUAUGUUUCAAAUCAAAGUAAAAUUCAACUGUAAAUUAAGAUCUUAAGAAAUUCAUCUUGAAAUGACUACAUUUUGAUUUUGUUGUCUUUUCAUGUUAUUCUGAAGAACGUGUCAGCCUUCGCCAUAGUGGUCAGCCUUUAUAUAUGACCCAAGCCAAAGUGUUGUGUUUAUCAAGGCUAAACCAGGGUAGGACUUGUCCUUGGUUAAUAGUGUACACAAAUGCUUCUAACCCUUCGGGUUCAGCAAAGAGAGCAACAUUAAAAUUCUGACUGAUUUCUUUCUUCAUCUGAAAGUUGCUAAUGCUAAUAUAGACACCGGUUCAGACUGAUGAUGUUGGAGAUCUAACUUGAGUUCGCCAAAGCCAGAGUAUUUGUUGUCCUUUCCUGCUUGGCUUUGUUCCAUCGAUUAGCUUUUACUCUUGAGCUUCCAAAGUUGAAGAGGAUUUGUUGCAGAAGAUAGAAUGCUGUAUUACUUUCAGCAAUCUGUGCAUUAAUGAUAAAUCAAUAUAUAGCAAAAUCAGCAUUAGUAAUAGGUGGAAGUAAACCUGUGAUGUGUGAAUGGUGUAGAAACUUUUAAUGGUAAUUUUUUUCUGAAGUCUCAAGCAUGUAGAAGAUGUUGAGAAGACAAUGUUGCAAAUAAACCAUGCAAUAUCAUGUGGUUUUCGGCAACCAUGUCCUUUAAAAGUCUGAAACCUCGUGUGUAAUAUGUGUUAACGCCAGUAUGAAGUUUUGUUUGGACAGUAGUUGAAAGGUUUGAAGAUCCAUUUGAUUUAUCUAUCACUUUCUUAUAAAUUAACUUAUCAUUCCUAUCAAUCUCUACAAAUUCAUUCACAACAGGCCAAGAGAUGAAGUCAUAGAGUUCUGCAGCUUGGAAGUGGGUUCUUUGGCCUAACCUGUUCAUGCUGAGCAAGAUGUCUCUCUACACUCAUGUCAUGUUCUACAUUUGGCCUAUUCCUUUCCCAUCCAUGUACCUAUCCAAAUGCUUUAUAAAAAUGUUGAUUGUACCUGCCUCUACUACCUCCUUUGGCAUCUUGUUUUAUCUACACUUCACCCUCUGUGAGGGAAAAGCUUACCCCUCUUCUUGAAAUAUUUUCCCCUCACAUUAAUCCUAUAUCCUCCAGUCUUUGGAAAAAAUUGUGUUGCCUACUCCACCAAGUUUCCAGAACUACACACAGCAUUCUAAGUAUGACCUACCCAUUGUCUUGUACAUCUAUAACAUGGUGUACCAAUUCUUACUGUCACUGCCCCUGUCUUUGAAGGCAAGAAGGCUAAAUGUCUUCUUUGCUGCAUUCUCAACCUUUGUUGCCAUUUCAAGGAGGUAUGAACUUGCAUCAAAGAGCCCUCCUUAAAACAUUGUAUGUGCCUGGCCGAUGUUAGAUGACCCAAAUGCAUUACUUCAUACUUAGCGAAUUAAACUCCAUCUGCUACAGUUCUGCCCAACUUUUCAGCUGGUCUAUGUCUCCCUGUAUCCUUAGGCAACCAUGCUCACUAUCUACAUCUCCAAAUCUGGAAAUGUCAGUGAUGGAAAGUAUUGGGAAUUUGUGUAAAAUAAUCUAUUCAUUCAUUUGCAAUAUAAGGUCUUUAACUGGAACAGUCUACUCUUUUUCCUAGAUUCUCUUUAUGAUUUUGAUUUUCAAUAUCUUUUCAGAGACCCUGAAAACAAUCCAUGAUGAAGUAUUCCAUCUUCUGAACAUAGUAUUAAAUGAUACGGAAUGAGACUAUUUAACUCAUCACAUCUAUUCUGACACUUUGAAAGUUCUACUUUCAUCUAAAUUGUCUCUGCAUUAUUUUAGUAACAAUCCUAUGUUUAUGUCACACUGACCAAUGUUUACCUCAUCAAAAUGUUUACACUAUUUUCAAAACUUCUAUUAAAUUAUACAUUUAACCUUUACUAUUUCAAUGAAAAUAUUACAUUUCAAAACAAUUGUGCAAGUAUCUUUUCUCAUGGUUCACUGGCACUAAUUAGGACUGUAAAAGAAUGACCUGUGCCAAUAAGAUGGGCUUCAUCUAGAUUGAAAAGGGACCAGUAUCCUAUCAGGAAAAGUGAGUACACAGCAAACUUUAGUAAAUAUGGUGAGUUAAAUUGGGUGAGAUGAGUGAUUUAUGGAGAUCGAUAGUAAAUGAAGCAAGAACAAGCUGGGGGAAAAAUGAGAAAAACUACACUGACGGACUGCAGCAUCAAUACAACAAAUUAUUCCAGUUAAUUCUACAUUUUAUUUCUCGGGUCAGUUGCUUUGUAAAUUAUACUUAAGGGGGAAUGAUUUGAUGAGAAUGGGGGUGUGGAUUAACAUGGGGUUAAUAUAGGGUUAGUGUAAAUUAGUGGUUGAUGGUUGGCAUGGAGACAGUAGUCUGAGAGGCUAGUUGCCAUGCUGUAUUUCUUUGACUCUAAAAAUAAAUGCUGGAGUAUAACUUGUUCAAAAAUUUUAAAAUCUAAUGGAUCUAUUUCAGCAGUUGAAUUGGAACAAAG